CCGGUAUAGGAGGCCGCCAUUUUGAAAAAAAUUAAAGUGACGUGUCUUUGUAAUAUUUUUGAGUUUCAGCCAAAUCUACAACUCUAGAUAAUAAGAUAUUUUGACUUGAUUAAACGUUGUACAUUGGAUCAUCGUAAGACGGUUGAAUAAUGAGCUCAUCUCGACAAUUUUCGUCGGAAACUGAUGUGAAUUACGCAUCCCGUACUGUCGCUCAGCUACGCCAGGAGUUGAAGAAGAGGGGACUUCCCCUGAAAGGGUUGAAGAAAGAUCUUGUGGCAAGAUUAACUGCUGCAAAUGCCUCAAGUAACGUGACUUCCCAAGAAUCAACAGCUGUGACGAAGCGUAGCUUACAGAAACCAUCAGACACACAGACAGACAUACAUGUCACAAAUGGUGGGACACCAUCGCCAUCUAGUGACGCAGAAGACAGGCUACAGUUUGAUAAAAUGGCUGAGGAGAGUGAAAGAAGAACGUUGGUGUUAUGGCGACGACCAAUCAUGACGCUAUAUUAUUUCCUAUUAGAAACUCUUUAUCUUAUUCGGAAUUUUAUAUUUAGACUGUGGAAGAAUAAAAAGUCAGUUCUUGGUUUCCUAGUCACUUGUCUAUGUCUGCUUGCUGUAUACCAUAUAGAGGGACCACAUCAAAAGUUUGUCAUGCAGUUUAGGAAACAGUUUCUGUGGUGUGCAUACUGGGUUGGACUAGGCGUGUUAUCAUCUGUAGGCCUAGGGACAGGGCUUCAUACAUUCCUCCUAUAUCUAGGGCCCCAUAUAGCAGCAGUUACAUUAGCAGCUUUUGAAUGUAAAUCAGUAGAUUUCCCUGAACCACCAUAUCCUAAUGAUAUUAUAUGUCCUGAUGAGCAAGGUGAUUCUAUGUCUUUGUGGACCAUUGUCAGCAAAGUGAGGAUAGAGGCCUUCAUGUGGGGAGCAGGAACGGCUAUAGGAGAACUUCCCCCAUAUUUUAUGGCACGUGCUGCACGUCUCUCAGGGCAAGAUGAAGAUGAUGAGUUUGAGGAGAUUGAAGAGCUCUUACAUGAAAAAGAGGCUCAUCAUAAACUCGGCUGGAUGGAGAGGGCAAAGCUUGGAGUACAUGGCUUGGUGCAGAGAGUUGGCUUCUUUGGUAUUCUUGCAUGUGCCUCUAUCCCCAACCCACUGUUUGACCUGGCUGGCAUCACAUGUGGUCAUUUCCUGAUUCCAUUCUGGACAUUCUUUGGUGCCACUUUGAUUGGCAAGGCAGUCAUUAAAAUGCACAUACAGAAAUUAUUUGUGAUCUUCACGUUCAGUGAGCACCAUGUUGAGAGUAUAGUGAAUCUCUUGAAAUAUAUUCCCCGCUACGGCCCAUCGCUUCAAGCCCCCUUCAAGGAGUGGUUAGAAAAACAGAAAUCCAAACUCCAUGUGAAACCUGGUACUCAUAUUCCCACAGAAGGCAGCUGGUUGUCAUGGAUAUUUGAGAAGAUUGUCGUAGCGAUGAUUAUUUAUUUUGUACUUUCAAUAGUGAAUUCAUUAGCCCAGGCUUAUCAUAAACGUAUAUCCAAGCAGAAGACAAAUGGAGCAAAGGUCAUGUAGGGUCAAGGUCAUCACAGAUAUGGGGAAUGUACAAAAUACCAAGGAUUUCAUCAACAGAAAUUUCAUAAAGUUAAGAAUUCCUUUAUCAGUUGUAAACAAGGAUAAAUGACUCACCUGUAAAAUUAAUCCGCAUUUUGGAACUAUGUAAAUAAGAAUAUGAUUAUGUAACAAUAGCAUAAGAGUAAGAGAAAUGGACAAAGGAAUUGUUGAAGUUGUGUCUUAGACAUGACCCAUAGGAGAAUAAUUGAAAACUACUGCAUGAAGUACAGGAUCAAUAUGU